UUAAACUUCAGCUUUUUAUCACAGGAUAAUCAGAAAAAAGUUCCUUGGUUGUUGGAGAAUAUAGCAUGCCUCUUUCAUUUAGCUGUUUUUGGAAUUUUGGGGGUAUUGUUGAGGUUUAUACUGCAAAAGUUGUUUGGCCCUGACAUCUCUGGCCUUACAGUGGAUGGGACAGCUCUUUACCUUGACCUCCCCUCUAACAUUGUGGGUUCUUUCUUGAUGGGCUGGCUAGGCAUCGUGUUCAAAGCAAACAUAAGCCACGCAUCCAAUCUGCUAGCCCUUGGACUGACCACAGGAUUCCUGGGCAGUCUCACCACAUUCAGUGGUUGGAAUCAGAAAAUGCUGGAGUUGGCUGCGGAUGGACGAUGGGUGGUUUCCAUUGCUGGUUACAUCAUAGGAAUGGGAAUUGUGUAUUUUUGCAUCGGUUUUGGGGUUUGGACUGCCAAAGGUUUUCAAUGGCUUCUAAGUCGACUUCGCAUGAGCAUUUCGGUUGGAUGGAAAGUGGAUAGUUGCAAGCACAACAUGGUGGCUUGGUUGGUGUUGGUAGUGAAUCUAUUGAUGCUGGCCUUGUUAUGGACUGUGAGUGGGGCAUUGCUGAAGACCUGGUGGGCAGCUGAUAAGAGCAGUGACCAACUUUGGUUGGGUUGCAUGGUUGGGCCUGCAGGUGUGUGGGUCCGGUGGUUCCUCGCCCGGCUCAAUGGUCGAGGGUUAGGAAGGAAGGGAUUGAUGAAGUGGGUCCCGUUUGGGACUCUCCUCGCUAAUGUCAUUGCAGCUGGUCUCAUGGCAGCACUGGCCACAACAAAGAAAGCGGUUAACACUAAGCGGUGUGAAAUCAUCGUGGACGGCAUUCAGCUUGGGUUCUUAGGUUGUUUAAGCACCGUCUCUACCUUCGUUGCUGAGAUAUAUGCUAUGGUUCACAGCAAAUGCCCAUGGAGAGCAGCUGUCUACGUCGUGCUCACAGUCAUUCCCUCAUUUGCCUUGGGGACGUUGGUAUACUCUGUGCCCGUUUGGACGAAGGGAUAUUAA